GUCCGCUCAGGAAAAGGAAAACAAGUCUAUGCUACUGUGUUAGCAUGUGUUAGCAUAAUGGCAAGAAUCACAGUGACAGUCAGAUUUAAAACACUUUCCUGGCAUUGUGUUCAUUCAGAAUGUUCAUAUUGAUUAAGCGCAGUGUUUUCAAAUGGUUUAAAGAAGCCCUCAGUCAUGGGAGACGUAAAGACCCCAGACUUUGAUGACCUCCUGGCAGCCUUUGACAUCCCGGAUGCCACCGGUUUGGGCUCCAAAGAGACAAUUCAAGAAGGCAAAGGGGAGGUGGACAGCCACCUGAGACCCAUAGGGACCUGUUUAGAAGAAGGCUUCCCAUCAUCCAUCUCUGCAGAUGUGCCGUCUGUGACUGUGACUCUGAAAAAAUCUGAUCAACAUGCGUCUCUGCAGAGUACGACUGAAAACUGUUCAACUGAACAGGAAUCCAGAGGAACAGAAUCUGAUUUGGCUAAAAACAACACAGACAAACCUUUUGCUUCUUUGUUGAACGGAGAUACUUCUAAAGAACUUUGUGAACUUGUAGCACUUCAACAGAAACCCCAUGAAACACUUUCCCAGCAGCUGUCAGACUUAAGUUCUUGUUCUGGGUCUGAAGCAGCAAAGCUUAAAGACCAUGAAACACAUCCAAAUAAACAAGAAGAAUUUUUCACCAAUGGUUUAAUGCAAAGUAUCAAUUUUAUCAUCUCUAAGGAAGAAAAAUGUGAACAGUUUGAAACAGACAAACCCAAGUUGAACGACAAAUGUACGGAAGAAGAUAUCAAACACUAUAAUCCAUCCCUUGACAAUGCAACAGACACAAUCCCAAAUUCCCACAAUGACUGCAAUAAGGAGAUUGAGCCAAGUAAAUCUGCUAAUCUCCCAACCUCAGACUCUAAAUCUCAAUCUAAGCUCUCCUCCUGUCUCGAAGCUCUUGCUGCCUUGAAUUCUCAAAAUGAUCCCAGAGAGUUUCCAACUGUUGAGCGUACAAAAGCCAGCCCUAAAGCCGCCUUUUCCCCUGGAGGCCCCUGCAGCCCCCUGGACACAGUGAAGAGGCUGCCGAGGCCCUCGGACAGCCCAGCGAGCGUGUGCAGUGACAGCAGUGGGAUGGCUUCACCUCCAGCUAUUCCCCGGGUCAGGAUCAAGACUAUAAAGACCUCAUCUGGACACAUCAGACGCACUGUUGCUAGCAUACUCCCAGACUCAGAGACAGAGGAAGUUCAUUCUGCUUCUGAAUCUUCUCCCUGUCAAAGUAUGGCCAGUGAAGACUCUUACAACAUGUCUCCUUCUCAAAAUGGAAAAUAUUCUCCAAAAAUAGUACUUAAUAAAUCUGAAACUAUAAUCAGGAAGUUAAAGUCUUCAGGAGGUAUGACCAACAGAAGACAAUCCACUGUGUAUAAGGAGCAAAAGCCAAAGAAAUCAGUUGAAGCUCAAAGUUCUGCAAACUCAAACCUUCCUAAAGCAAUGCAUUUGGCCAGUUUGAACCUCGUCCCUCACAGUGUGGCCGCCUCUGUCGCUGCUCGCUCGUGUGGCCAGUCCAGUGUGCAGACUAUCACCUCUCGGGUCUAUAGCAGCGUACCUUUAGUGCACCAGAUCAACUCCGCCUGCCCUCCCCCUCCCACCAAAGCAGCUGGAACCCUAAACAGACUCUUACACUACGCUAACCCUGUUCCCACAUACGUGCCGGAUCUGAACCCCCCUCCAGAGAGCAACAUUCACCUCCCUCCACGUGGAUACCGCUGUCUGGAGUGUGGUGACUCCUUUGGCGUGGAGAGGAGUCUGAAGUACCACUACAACAGGAGGAGUGUCCACAUAGAGGUGUCGUGUACUCACUGUCGAAAGACCUUAGUGUUCUUCAACAGGUGUGCUCUGUUGGCACACGCACGAGAGCACAAGAUCAAUGGCAGAGUGAUGCAGUGCACGCAGCUCUACAUGAAGCCCAUCUCAGAAGAGCAGAUGUUUGGAGCUGAAUCUCCUUCUGGACAGUCCUGUUUCUUUAAAUCCUCCUCACAGAACAACACAGCGGUCAUGCCUCUAUAUCAGGAGCACAACGGCGCCCCCCAGCGUCUUAGCUGUAUGGAGUGUAACCAACAGUGUUCUAGCCUGAGCGCGCUCGCGGGACAUUACCAGAGCGUGUCUGGGGAUACGAGCAAACUGAUGUGUAAUGUUUGCUCCAUGAUCCUCCCAAACAAGUGCAGCUUCCGCGCUCACCAGCGCGUCCACGCCCACAAGUCUCCGUUCUGCUGCCCCGAGUGUGGAGUCCUGUGCCGCUCGGCCGACAUCCAGAGCCAUAUCAAAGAGAACUGUCUGCACUACGCUCGCAAAGCAUGGUACAAGUGUCUUCAUUGUGAUGUAAUGUUUAAGUCUCUACAAGGACAGCAGGCGCACAUCAAUGAGAAACACUGUGAGCUGUUCUUCAAGUGCUCCGUUUGUCCAGUGGCCUUCAAGUCGUCUGACCGCUGUGAAACGCACUUAAAAAACAAACACAGCAUCAGUCACACGUCUCCUCAGUUAAUUUUUAAGUGCUCGUGUGAAACUAUUUUCAAGAAGAAACAACUGCUCUAUCAACAUUUCCACGAAGACGCCUACAAACGGGUCAAGUGUGUGUUCAAGUGUCCCAGAUGUCACGCCGUCUUCGGUUUGAAACAACAGCUAAUGCAACACUUCAAGAUUACACAUACAGGUCCAGCAGAACAACACCAGGAUCACCACCUCCAGGAAAAGAGAAGCGUCUCAGUGAAAGCGUCAGACCAAAGCAGAGCUGGGACCAAAGCCAAGCGAGUGAAGCGCUACCCGUGUUGCCGCUGUGACCAGUCGUUCAACUUCACCACCAGUUUAAAAAAACACAUCCGCCAAGACCAUGACGACAAACUCAAGACCUUUGUUUGUGGGUUUUGCACUGAAACAACAGUGAAGUUCACGUCGAGUGUGACGCUGAAGAACCACAUGAGCCUGAUGCACGGCAUUAAAGACGCAGACUUUGAUAAAAUGCCAAAGACUUUAAUUCAGGAAACCAACAAGCCCCUAAGAAAGGCCGGGUCACCUCCUCUGGGGGUAAAGGUCGCCAACGACGACCAGACCGAUGAAGACGAUGCUCCGGCAGAGAAGAGGAUGAAGAUGAGCUUCCGCUGUGCAAAGUGCGGUUUUAUCACCUCAGACGGUCGACAGUUUGAACAACACAUACCUCAACACAAACUGGAGGAGAACACGCCUCAAUGUCCCCACUGCGGCCUCUGCUUCACCUCCGCACUCGCCCUCAACAGACACCGCCACAUCGUCCACAAGGUCAGAGAGCACGAGGAGAGCCACGGCCAAUCACAGAGCAGAGAGCACGAGGAGAGCCACGGCCAAUCACAGAGCAGAGAGUAGAAGGACUAACCAAUCACAGAGCAGAGAGUAGAAGGACCGGCCAAUCACAGAGCAGAGAGUAGAAGGACCGACCAAUCGACCAACCAGGACUAACCCAGAGCCACAUGAACCAUCUCACAAUCUGAGGACUUCAGGGACCUCAGGGACCGGCCUUCUGAUGUAGACCUGGUUUAGUCCUGGUUUAGUCUUCAGAGUGUGAGUUGGUUCAUGUGGCUCUGGUUUAAUCCUGGUUUAGUCCUGGUUUAGUCCUGGUUUAGUCCCGGUUUAGUCCUGGUUUAGCCCUGGUUUAGUCCUGGUUUAGUCCUGGUUUAGUCCUGGUUUAGUCCCGGUUUAGUCCUGGUUUAGCCCUGGUUUAGUCCUGGUUUAGUCCUGGUUUAAUCCUGGUUUAGAUGUUCUUUGGUGCUGGUCCAUGGAGAGACUUGAAGAGCAGCUUUAAAAUCUACAGUCGUCCAAUCACAGAGCAAGAGCAGAGACAACCGACCAAUCACAAAAAGCCGCCAGGAGCAGCUGAGGACAGAGCGGGGGACGAGGUUAAAGCUCCAAAUACGAUCUGUUCCUUCUGUGUUUUACAGUGUAGACCACAGCGUUUACCACGAGUCACGACGGCAAUAAAAACAGAGCGUGGCGUCGUUCUGUCCUCGGGGAGUUAAGUUAAACAAAGGGAUCAUCAUUUAUCAAAACAGCAGCUGCAUUUUGUCAUCCGUCGUUAGCUGUCACACAUUCCAUUCUGAGUGUGGGUCAUUGUGUUCAUCUGCAGAACGACCGCACUCAGGUUUAAUCAUUUAAUCACCUUUAUGAUGUUUUGCGUUCACCUGCAGAACGACACGACAGUUUUAAUCACCUUUAUGAUGUUUUGAUUUGGGAGCUGCGGGAUUCCUCGCGCUCGUGCUGAUCUUUCAUGGUUUCAUUUCUUCAAAUUGUUUUCCAGAGUUAAUGCAAAGGUAAUGGUGUAACACUAAUUUACCUCAGAUCUUCCUCAAACGCACUUGGGAAGCAGGGUUCUUGCGCCCUCUUCUGGGGGAGUGUGUUUUUUGUAGCUGAAGGAGGGAUGUGUGUGCUCCUACCUCUGACACAGAUAUUUAACUGUUGAAGGGCUUUGAUAAGUUGCAGAUAAUGUGUGAUUUCCCAUUUUAUUAAAUUUUAUAAAUUGUUUUGGGAGAAAAAUCACUGUGAAUGAAACAUAAUUUUAAUGUGCAUAAAUAUACCAGCAAAUGUAUUCAUUUUGAAAGUCUUAUUCCGCAUGUGGCCCGUGCC